GCUGGCUCCAGACCACAGUACAGUGGAGUCAUGGCGGCGGCUGAUGUCCGGACGGAGUUAGACUCACUACUACUGCGGCUGCUCGCGGACCUAGAGGAGCUGGAGGCGAAGCGGGCAGCGCUGAACGACCGGGUGGAGGAAGGCUGGCUCUCGCUGUCCAAAGCUCGGUACGCCAUGGGCGCCAAGUCGGUGGGGCCCCUGCAGUACGCAUCCCACAUGGAGCCCCAGGUGUGCGUGUGCACCAGUGAGGAGCCGGACGGAUUGCAGAAGUUCCGCGUAGUGAGAGCUGCGGCCGAGGCUCCGGAGGACGUGGGACCCCGCGAGUCAGUUCUGCGUAGGCGCAAGGGCCUCACCAGGACCCCAGAGCCAGAGCCCUCAUCAGCCCCCCGAGACCCUCUGAACUGGUUUGGGAUCCUGGUUCCUCACAGCCUGCGGCAGGCCCAAGCCAGCUUCCGGGAAGGCCUGCAGCUGGCUGCAGACAUGGCCAGUCUUCAGAGCCACAUCAGCUGGGGUCGCAGCCGGCUCCGGGAGCUCCAGGAGAAAGUCAAGCAGCUCGAGCUCGGGGCCGCCUGACCAUGGUCACAGAGGAAGGCCACAGGUUCAGCCACCCUCCCUUCACAGGCUGUCCCCGCCGUCUCUGCCCCACCCCGCCAGCCUCAGUCCCUCUGGUCACACGUUUCCAACUUUGUCAUGUAUGAAAGUUUGAAGAUGUUCAGAGUCACUCCUUUGGUGAUACCACGCCAGUCCCCGUGCUGGGACACUCCGCGUGGGGGGUCCAGGCUGUCUGGUCAGUGCGUGCUGGGGCAGCAGGGCCCUGUCAUGCGGGAUCAUUCCUGGUGACACCACACAGCCUGCAGCGGGAAGGACAGGUCGGUUCUUCGGUUUCACUUGAUCCCAGAACUGAUCUGAUGGGUGGGUGGGAUUCACUGCUAACAGAUGGGGCGUGACCCCACGUCAAUAAGGACAAACGCCUGCGCAGACGGGCGUCCUUGGCAGGUUUUAAGUGAAAAACAAGAUCUGACCUUGGUUUUGAAAUGACCUCUAGGAAGAGAACCCAGGUUUUUAAACACCCGCCGUAUCCAGGAGGCUGAACCUUCUAAUUUGUUGAAAAGCCGAUUGUUUGUCCUGUCGGGAGCGCCGUGUCCUCACUUAGUUUUCCUAGUGGGUUGUUUGUAUUUAGCACAGUUUCUGAGGAGCCGGCUUUUAUGUCUGGGGAAAAUUGGCCCUUCGUUCGUAAUAUCAGUGGUGUAGAUAUUUUUUCUACUUUGUCCUUUAACUUUGUUUAUGGUGUUUUUUUUUAAAAACUUUAUUGUAAAAUAAAACACAUUCCAUUACUGAACCACA